AUGAAUGCUUUGUAUUGGAUCAAAAGAAAUGAGAAUUGGGCCACGUUCGUUUACAACAGGGUACUGGAAAUCCGUAAACUCACUAAUCUUGAAGACUGGAGGCAUAUAAGUGGAACAUUAAACCCAGCUGACCUUCCAUCACGUGGUUCCAAUGCAGAGGAACUUGUGAAAUCUCUUUGGUGGAAGGGUCCAAAUUGGCUGAGAAUGCCUAUAGAAGAUUGGCCUGUUUCGGAAACUAUGCCAGAUUUCGACGUUGUAAACUCCGAAAAAAGAAAAUCUAUUGUGUCUGUCACUAACACCACGACAGAGCAAUUAGAGUACUUUUCUAAGACAUUCCUGGAUUCAGAUGGUUUAUUAAGAGUAAAGACCAAAAUUUCUCAAAGAAGUGAUCUACCGACAUUUAGAUUUCCAAUUUUGCUGCCUUCAGAGCAUGAUGUUAUUGGAAAACUUAUUUUUGAAAAGCAUGUUGAACUUAGUCAUGCUGGGAUACAGAUUUUGAUGUCGAGUUUAAGAGAUAAUUAUUGGAUCUUAAAAAGCAGGAAGACAAUACGUCAAGUAAUAAGGGCUUGUGUAAUAUGUCAACGUUUUUCAUCUCGGCCAUUAGAAGUAGCAAGUGCUCCACUACCCGAAGAUCGCGUCAGAGAUGCUUAUGUUUUUGAAGUAGUAGGAGUUGACUUGUGCGGACCACUAUAUUUGAAAAACAAAACCAAAUGUUGGGCUGUACUUUUUACAUGCGCAGUUUAUCGCGCAGUCCACAUCGAGCUGGUGAAAAUACAAGAAUAUGCCUCAGUAAAGAAAGUCCUAUGGAAAUUCAACCCCCCAUCAGCCCCAUGGUGGGGCGGAUUUUGGGAAAGGCUUAUAGGUAUGUUGAAAUCUAUCUUAAGAAAAAUUCUUGGAAAGGCCUCCUUACAAUUUGAAGAAUUGUACACUGUACUAUGUGAUGCUGAGGGCAUUAUAAAUUCAAGACCUUUGACAUACUUAAGUGAAGACAAUGAGGACCUUAUAGCAUUAACACCUGCUAUGUUUUUACAAGAUGUAAAAGAAAUAGGAGUUCCAGAUAUAGAUCAAAUAGAUGCUAAGAGAAUGAAUAAAAGAUUCUUCUACAGGCAAAAAGUGUGUCAAGAUCUCACAAAACGUUUCAGAAUCGAAUAUCUUGGACAUCUUAGAGAAUUUUCAAAGAUUCGUAAUGAAUCUAAAAUUAAAGAAGGAGACAUUGUUCUCAUCGGUGAUAGUAACGUCAAGCGAAUAAAUUGGCCUUUGGGAAGAGUCAUCAAAUUAUAUCUUGGAAAAGACAAGAAAGUUCGUCUCGUGGAAGUCCAGACCAAAUCUGGGUCUUUCCUACGUCCAAUCCAGAGACUUUUUCCUCUUGAGGUCAGCCAAAGUGAAAAAUCUGCUAUCCCAUGUCUCCCAAAGAGUGAUUCUCCAUCCACAAUGAUGAUUCCUGAUGGUACACCUACCUCUAGUGACUCUCAUGCUGUUUCAGAUGUGAGACAACCAAGAAGAUCCCGUUAUGGCCGGCUUUUAUGCUCUCCUAGACUCAUUGGUUUGAGUUUCUAA